AUGCCGGAAGUCACCCCAAUAGGUAGGCAAGUCGAGGCGGGGGCGGGCUGCGGCGGCGGCGUAGAGCGGAGGCGGUGUUCGCGAGGCGGCUGUUCCAGUGCCCGCGACCGCCGAGGCGUGUGCGUGACGCCCCGCAAGAGCAGGAUGGAGGUGGACGAGUCUCGGGUGUUCCGCGCCGAGUGGACCCAGCGGUACCUGGUGGUGGAGUCGCCGGAGGGCGAGGGGGCCCUGUGCCUGGUGUGCCGCCGUCUGGUCGUUGCCACCCGCGAGCGCGAUGUCCGGCGCCACUAUGAGGCCGAGCACGACUCGUACGAGCGGUACUCGGCCGAGGGCGAGCGCGCCGCCCUGGUGGAGCGCCUACGACGGGGAGAGGCGGCUGUGGCGCCGCCGCCGCCGCCGCCGCCUCUAGGACCCGCGGAGAGGGCGGCCCGGGCCGGCCUGGGGCUGGCCCGCCUGCUGGCGCGGCAGGGGCGCGGCUGGGCGGAGGGCGCCUUCGUGCGGCAGUGCCUGGAGGAGACGCUGCGGGCCGUGCUUCCUGAGCACGCGGGCGUGCUGGACACCAUCGAUUGGUCUCCGGACGCUGCGCGGCAGCGUGUGCUUAGCAUCCACCGCGAUCUCCGCGGCCAGCUCUUCACCCGCGCCAAGGCCUUCAAGGCCUACUCCCUGGCCCUGGACGACCAGGCCUUCGUGGCCUACGAGAACUAUCUCCUGGUGUUCGUGCGCGGCGUGAGCCAGGACCUGCAGGUGCACGAGGAGCUGCUGACGGUGGUCAACCUGACGCGGCAUUUCAGCGUGGGCGCGCUCAUGGCUGCAGUGCUCGAGGCGCUGCGCGCGGCGGGGCUCAGCCUGCAGCGCAUGGUGGGGCUCAGCACCACGCACACGCUACGCAUGGUGGGCGAGAAUUCGGGGCUGGUGUCCUACAUGCGCGAGAAGGCCGUGAGUCCCAACUGCUGGAACGUCAUCCACUACUCGGGGUUCCUGCACCUGGAGCUGCUGAGCUCCUACGACGUGGAUGUUAACCAGAUCAUAAAUACAGUAUCUGAGUGGAUCGUGCUAAUUAAGACCCGCGGCGUUCGGCGGCCCGAGUUCCAGGCCUUACUGACGGAGUCCGAGUCGGAGCACGGCGAGAGGGUUAGCGGACGGUGCCUGAACAACUGGCUGAGAAAAGGGAAAACCUUAAAGCUAAUCUUCUCCUUGAGGAAAGAGAUAGAGGCGUUCUUGGUUUCAAUAGGGGCUACGACGGUCCACUUUUCAGACAAGCAGUGGCUUUGUGACUUUGGUUUCUUGGUGGAUAUUAUGGACCACCUUCGAGAGCUCAGCGAGCUGUUGAAAGUUAGCAAAGUCUUUGCUGCUGCUGCCUUUGACCAUAUUUGCACCUUUGAAGUUAAGCUGAAUUUGCUGCAGAGGCAUAUUGAGGAGAAAAACCUAACACACUUUGCGGCCUUCAGAGAAGUUGUGGAUGAGCUUAAACAACAUCUUAAAGAAGAUCAAAAGAUAUUUGAGCCUGAUAGGUAUCAAGUUGUGAUCUGUCGCCUCCAAAAAGAGUUUGAGAGACAUUUCAAGGACCUGAGGUUCAUUAAAAAGGAUUUAGAACUCUUUGCAAAUCCAUUUAACUUUAAACCGGAAUAUGCACCUAUUUCAGUGAGGGUGGAGCUAACAAAACUUCAGGCAAACACUAACCUUUGGAAUGACUACAGAAUCAAGGACUUGGGGCAAUUCUAUGCUGGGCUGUCUGCUGAAUCUUACCCAAUUAUCAAGGGGGUUGCCUGUAAGGUGGCAUCCUUGUUUGAUAGUAGUGAAAUCUGUGAAAAGGCUUAUUCAUAUUUGAUUCGAAACCAACACACUCUGAGCCAGCCGUUGACAGAUGAGCAUCUCCACGCCCUGUUUAGGAUUGCCACAACUGAAAUAGAGCCCCAGUGGGAUGAUCUUGUGAGAGGAAGAAAUGAACCGAAUCCGUGAGCCUUUGUAGUACAACAUCGAAACACAAGAAUCCAAUUCUAAAAGCAGAAUAAUUUUUCGAGCAAACUAACUUGGAUUGUGGGAAAACAUCAAGUUUAUUCACCCAAAUUGAUCAUGAUUCAAAUUUUUCUGACAAGAUUUUUUUUUUCUUAAAUCUCAAGAGGAAGAGAGUGAAGCACAGAAACACCUUAUUUUAAACUUAUAAGGUCAUUGUCUUUUGCUUUUAUGGUAUAAUUGUUUUUGAAGAAGUUCAGUACAGAUGUGAGUUGAUUUAGAAGACUGUUUUUAAGGUGUUUUGAAGAAAUUUUAGUUCUCAUUUUAACAAUGUUAAAAGUUCUGAUGCAUAGAGUCUGAAACUAUCAGCUCCUUAAAUGUAUGUUUUAGCCACUUUGCAGGACCUCAACAUAGCAAGUCCAGAAGUUUUUGAAAAGGAAGACCAUACAUACAGUGCAGGUAUUUUGUCUAUCAAAAUGUUUGAGACUUAAAAAAAAUUUUUCUGAGUCUGAAGUAAAUACUGAAAAUAUUGACAGAUUCCUCCCACUCAUUCCCCCCCCACCACCUGCCCCAGCAAUAAAGGUAUUACUAAUAGGGGACUUCAUCAGAUAAAAUUUUAGUCAGAGGAGCAAGAAUUACUUUUAAAUUGCAGGUUUAGGAGGCUUCCUGCAAUUUGGUGAUCAGACUAACCAAUUAUUGGAGUUUUCCCCUGAGCUUUUCACAGUGGGGUGCUGUUUUAUCAGCUUGCCUGUUAAAGUACUACGGCAGACACUCAAAGGAACCUGGAUGAAAAAGGUUGGACAAAUAUUUAAUGGACUAAAACAGUACUUCAGUAAUUAAAAAGCUAUAAUCAGGACCAGAGGUAAUGUUGCUUAAGAGUUCAUGUUAACCAUUUUCUUCUUGUAAACAUCCACCCUAGUUGAAGAUGGCAUUCUGUUUACUUGCAACUUCACAGACGGUUUCUGGCUCUUCUGGGAUUUAAAAGUAAGUAAAUUUAACAAAAUACUAGAAUGACUCAGCCCUUCGGGUCACUAGAUACUCAGUUCACUCGCUUUCUUACCUGCAGAAUGUCCUUACCACCUCUCCAAGCAAGAUGACCCAAAAGUGACAUCUGGUCCAUGUUUACCUCUUAGAUUGGCUACGUUUCUUUGCUUUCUUAUUCACAUGUGUCUCUGAACUUAAUUUCUGGGUAACGGGCUUUCAGGCUUCAUGCGAAAGUCAUACCCUUAGUGUCUUUCUUGAGCAUUUUUGUCCAAUUUAAACGAUUAACAAGGUUACACUCUUAGUUGGAUGUCUACUCCGAGGUGUACUGACUCAGUCAGAGAUCUUAGCAGUAGGUGCGAUAGCAGUCUGUUGACUCAAUCCUGCUAUAAAACUGGGUUUUAAUCAACCUUUGGAUUAAAGGAUAUCAUUUUUAUCUUUUUGUAAUUGAGAAGUGGCCUCAUCUUACCCCAUAAGUACUUGAGCUUGUGAACUCUGUUCUCUUGCAUUUCUGCUUGCAAAUUGAUGAAUUCUUUUCUGAGUUCAUCUCUUUCUUACACAUUUUGUCAAAUGCAGCCAAUAGCGACCAUAAAAUAUUUCUCUUGUCUUUUUUUCUUUAGUAGAGGAUAGAUUCUCUGCCCUCCAGUUUCACCACUCCAUCACAGGAUUUGCUCCUACAUAACAUUUCUUCCAUCUGCUAUUGCAGUUUUUGGAAUGCCUGCCAAUUAAGCCAAUGUUCAGUACAUCAGGUUUUUUGAAAACUACCAAGUUCUGUGUUGGGAUGGGCUUCGUUGCCAUGUGGUAACAACCAUAAAAAUCUCAGUGUCUCACACAGCUUUUAUCUUGCAACUUGGCUAGGGCCUUUGUGCUAGGUUGGGUUGACAAACAACGGUUUACAGGUAAAAUCUGUCCUGCCUGUUUCUGUAAAUAAAGUUUUAUUGGAAGACAGCCUUGCCCAUUUAUUUACAUGUUGCCUGUGGCUGCUUUGCUCUGCAGUGGCAGCAGUAUGUAGCUGUGACAGUGUAUGGCCCACAGAGUCCAAAGCAUUUACUACAUAUCCCUUUACAGAAAAUGUUCACAGAUCCCUGCUUUAAGUUGUCCUUGUCCUGGGACGCAGGCUAACCAAACAGAUGUCCUCUAGGGUGUGACUGCUCGUUUUGGGAAAUGAAAAAAAUACAACAGAUCACAUACAGGCUCUGGAAGCACUUUGGCCAAAGCCAAGCACAUGGCCAUGCCACAGCUGGAGUGUGAUCCUUCUGCAGCCAUGAAGUGAAACCAAAACAUUUGGAGGACAACAUAAAUGAUGAACACAUGCUUGUAUCUCUUCUUUAUGUAAUUUCUUUCAAAAUGGUUUUUCUUUUUCACUGAGGUGAAACUUAGAUUUAGUAAAGUGUGCAAAUAUUAAGUGUACCCUUCUGGGUUUCACUGUUGAGCAUGCCCUUGAGCCCAUCACCCAGAUCAAGGCACUGAGCAUUCUGGACCCCAGUGGGUGCCCACAUGCCCUCCACACAUGACCACUCUUCUGACCUUUAUCACUAUAGGUGGAUUUUGUCUUUUAAAACUUUAUGUAAAUGUAAUAAUUUUGUGUGCUCAUGUCUUGUUCAACAUUAUGUCUCAGUCAUCUGUGUUGCAUGCAGCAGCAGUUCAUUUUUUCUGUGUAGUAGUAGUCCACUGGGUGACUACCACAAUGUAGGAAUCCAUUCUGUUGAUGGAAAUUUUGGUUGUUUCCAUGGUUGGUUGUGGUUAUUAUGAAUAAAGUUGUUAAGAACA